AUUACUUUUGUAGUGAUUUGAGUCGGUGUGUGUAUGUCGCCAUUAUUUUAUCAACCGUGUAGACCUCGGUUCAUAGUAACCUAUUGCUUUAUAAUUGUGAUAUAAAAAAAUGAUUUCAUUUCGAUUGUUUUUUUUCCUCCAACAUAGGACUUUGAUAUUUUUGCAACAACUACAGUACUAUAGUAUCUAGCUAGCUAACGUGAACUGUUUCUCUCUAGCUUGGCUGACUGACGGACUGGCCAUCCAGCUAGGGACAAGGCUUGCAAAAAUCUAGCAUAAUCUGUCAUUUUUAUUUUAACAGCAAUUCGGCGUGUUAAGUAGUUGGUGAGGUUAGUUAACUAACUGUCAUCUUGCCUUUUGGUUAGCUAAUAUCCUCAAGACGGCAGAUCACGACAUUAUAGUUACGUUAACCGGCGGUGGCUACAUAGCUAGCUGACUAGCGGAUAUAACUAGCUACAGUAGCUUGUUAGCAAAUCGUAUUUCCACAAGGAUUUGAAAGAAGUUUGUAGUUGGAGUCUACUGAUACGGAGCUGACAACAUCAUUCAGGUUUGCAAGUAGGUGGCCUAGCUUGACAAGAUGUCAGAGGGAGAAGGGAAGCAGGUGUUGGACUCUGUCCAGGAGGGGAAACCAGAGUCUAUUGUCGCUGCACCCACCGGUCAGAGUGUGUCAUCCGUGUCCCCCCCAGUGUCCACUGUGACACAGCCCCCUGCGACAGAGGACGAGGAAGAGGAGAGCGAGGACGAGUCAGAGAUUCUGGAGGAGAGCCCGUGUGGACGCUGGCAGAAACGCAGAGAGGAGGUGAACCAGCGCAAUGUCCCUGGGAUUGACAAUGCCUACCUGGCCAUGGACACAGAGGAGGGUGUGGAGGUGGUGUGGAAUGAGGUCAUGUUCUCAGAGCGGAAGAACUUCAAGCUGCAGGAGGAGAAAGUCAAAGCGGUGUUUGACAACUUGAUCCAGUUGGAGCAUCUGAACAUUGUCAAGUUUCACAAAUACUGGGCUGAUGUGAAGGAAAAUAGGGCCAGGGUCAUUUUCAUCACAGAAUACAUGUCUUCAGGAAGCCUGAAGCAGUUUCUGAAAAAGACCAAGAAAAACCACAAGACAAUGAAUGAGAAGGCCUGGAAGCGCUGGUGUACACAGAUACUGUCUGCUCUCAGCUACCUGCACUCCUGUGACCCUCCCAUCAUCCACGGCAACCUGACCUGUGACACCAUCUUCAUCCAGCAUAAUGGCCUCAUUAAGAUUGGCUCAGUGGCCCCAGACACCAUCAACAACCACGUCAAGACGUGUCGGGAGGAGCAGAAGAGCCUGCACUUCUUUGCUCCUGAGUAUGGAGCUGUUGCAGACGUCACCACUGCAGUGGACAUUUAUUCCUUUGGAAUGUGUGCCUUAGAGAUGGCUGUACUGGAGAUCCAGAGCAACGGCGAGUCGUCGUAUGUGUCCCAAGAAGCCAUCAACAGUGCCAUUCAGUUCCUGGAGGAUCCACUGCAGAGGGAGUUCAUCCAGAAGUGUCUGGAACAGGACCCCAGCAAGCGGCCCACGGCCAAAGAGCUGCUGUUCCACCAGGCCCUGUUCGAGGUGCCCUUACUGAAGCUGCUGGCAGCGCACUGCAUCGUCAGCCACCAGCACAUGAUUCCAGAAAAUGCUCUUGAGGACAUGACGAAGAACAUGGACCUCAACCUGGUGAUCGUGGAGGUCAAGGACGGAGUUCAGAUGAAGCUUUCCCAGUUCCCUGCUCUUGAGCUGGACAAGUUCCUGGAAGAUGUGAGGAAUGGGAUCUACCCGCUGACAGCUUUUGGGGUGCCCGGCCCCAAGCAGCCCGAGCAGGAAGCAGUGAAGUCCCCCAUCGUGCCCCCAUCAGUCAAAAGCCCCACCCCCGAGCCUGCAGAGCUGGAGACCAGGAAGGUCCUACAGAUGCAGUGCAACAUCGAGCCUGUUGAUGAGGGCGCCAAACAUCACCUUACGCUGUUGCUGAAACUUGAGGACAAGUUGAACAGGCACUUAAGUUGUGAUUUGUUACCAAAUGAGAAUGUGCAGGAGCUGGCCGUGGAGCUCGUUCAGCUGGGAUUCAUCAGCGAGGGCGACCAGCCACGACUCGCUUCGGUUCUGGAAGAGGCCUUCUCUAAGUUCUACAGCCGGAACGGAUUCUUGAAUCCGGUCACCGUCUCCUCAUAGCAGAGGAGCCUCACCCCCUCUCUCCUCAACCCCUCCCCCCAUCAUCAUCCUCUCACACAGGACUUUGCUGUCGCUCACAAAAAAAUUAUUGUGGGAAAGCUUUGCAGGGACAUGGGGAAGCCUUGGCCUGUCCCACCCCCCACUAGGUGUUUUAGUAUUUUUGUACUUAUGCUUCUAGUAUAUUUUGUGUAGCCAUUUGCUUCUGUUUUAAAAGAAAAAACGACUCGUUGUCACUUUAGUCAGUAUUAUGAGCUAUAUUUUGAAAAUUAAGGAGUUUUUACACAACUAUCAGAAUUUUCAGUCUGUGAGCGACAAUAUCUUCGGUCUCACGUAUUCCGAUGUACUUAUGCAUGGUGCUGUGUGUGGGCGGAGUCUGGUUGUGAUUGGUCCUCUUCUCUACUUUCUCCCAGCAAAUGAGGCGUCUUCCUUUGAUGUGAGUGUGAUGCCCCCCCCCCCCAACUUCCUUUUGUAUUAUCAGAAUGAGAUGUAGCUGUAGUUAUGACGACACCUUUACCUGAGCUCAGGUGGGGAGUGGGAGAGCUGAUUGCAGUCCAAAUGUUGGGAUGAUUAAUAAGUUAUUUAUCAWUACGGUCUGUCAUGAACUUUCAGCACGGAGCCGGUUGGUUCUUUUAGUGAAUGUUUAGUUCAUUAGGAUCCCCAGUAGUUGUUGCCCAUGCAGCAGCUACUCUUACCUGGGGUCCACAUACAAAUGUGUCAAUUUUAAUUAUUCUAUGAGAAGGAACUUUGUCACUCGACUGUUUCUUACUCUUUAACGUUUUAUUUUGCAAAUGUUAGAAAGUGGUCAUGCAUUUUCUCCAAUUUUAUGUUUUGGUGCCAUUUCAGACACAGUGAAACAGUAUUCAUGUAAGGACCUCUGGUUUACACUUUAAGACUAUUGGCUUACCUCAAUAGUCACAUUCCUUAACAAAUAAAUUGACUCAUAACGUGUAGUGAAUACAUGCAUGCACUCUUUAUACCUUAAACUAAACUGGCUGCAAGUCAACAAUUAUCACUCCCUAAUUGACAACACUACAUUCCUAUUCAAUCAACCAUUGUGAAGGGAAGAUCUUUUUUCUUUACAGAAACUAAAGUGAGGAAUGUGGUGUGGGCGAAGGCCUGUAUGUUAAACUGAGAAUAACGUAUUGUCAUAACGGACAUACAGUAUCAGUGUGGGAGUUACAGGACUGUCUCGCUGAUUCUCUGAAAGCACACGUUCUGCUUGAAAUCAGAUGCAGCACAGAAUAUGCUAAGAAGUCACGAAAGCACCCACUGUUCCUAGUAUCUGUCGAGUCCACUUGCUGCUAGUUUGCACUAAUGUACUGUUUUGGUUGUUUUAACCCGUCUUUUCAAAUACAAUAACUACUACUGCUUAGGUAUGGUUUUAACCAGCAACGUAACGAUUUGCAUGUGUUAGGGGAGGGAGGGGUGUUGGUCUGGUAAGCGGGAUACGUGGGUUGGUAUUGGUCUUCUAUAGUGUAUGUCAUGCUGGACAUAAUGCUGUGUCUCGGGUAGGCAACCCUGGUCCUGGAGGGCCAGGUGUGUUGAAUAUAUGCAAUCACUGAACUGAUCAAUUAGCUCCGUUGGUCAGGUGUGGUGCCUAGUUGGAACAAAAUGUAAAUGCACUCCAGGAACAGGGUUGCCUCUGCUGUAUCUGGCUCUGCAACACCUUUCUCUUCUUUUAUUCCACUUCCUGAAAUAAACACGACACCUAGCACUUCAAUAACUUGUUUGACUCCCUUCUGGUUUCUGUUGACCUAGAUUGUCUGUUAUGUAAUAGUGGUUUCCUUUGAAUGUUUGUCUGCUGAAGAAUAGAUAAACUGAUGACUUGCACUUAGGGUUAGGGUCAGUUCAGUCAGUAAACUGAAAUUCCAAUUUCACAUUUUUUUCAUAGAAUUUGGUAUUGGAAUUUCAGUUUACUUCUGGAAUGUAAUUGACCCCAGCCCUGCUCACAUACCUAUCAUAUUACCAGGUGCAUGCAGAAAAACGGUAUGCUCAAAUAAUAAAAACUCCAGGUAACUGGUGAUGCUCCACU